AUGUCUACUCCAGCUUCAUGGUCAGCAAUCAUCUCCAUUCCUUACCUCUGCUCGGAAAGUAUCACUGACGAGUUUUGCAGCCCGUGCUGUCCCUUAGAGCUUCAAACCAUUCACCUCCUCGUAGGGCAGACACACCCUCAAUGCUUGACUCUAAGGGCACCAAUUCCUGCCGGAACUACACUCAGAGCAUUUCAGGCAGCUUCCACCACAUACAUAGACGAUGAUGAAUUCCACAUCCAGCUUCCUUCUCUGGAGGCGCGUGUCUUCGGCCAACUUAUUAGGCACAUGAACAAUGAUCCUUUGGAGGAUCUCGACACUGGAAGGCAGAAUUCGGAAACCCAUAUCUCUCAAUGGUGUAUUUUAUACGUCCUGGCGAUACAAUUCGGCCUCCCCGUUCUCGCAGCAGAGACCCGAAGUUGGUAUGAGGAUUGCCGACGGCCAUAUUGGCAAGUUGCCUGGCUCCCUUUACCGGCUGAGAUCCGUUAUCUGGCAGCAUGUCUAAUCAGAGACUGCCGAGCACACUUGCCAUGGACUCAGUCGGACGUCAACUAUGUCGAACGUCCUAAAUCAGUUCUCUCGGAUGAGACGAUCGCCACGACAGAGCUGGCAGAGGAAGAUGACGAGCCUCACGAGGCAACUGGUGAAGUAUCGGCUGCUGAGACAGCUGAGGAACUGGAGCGGAGGAGGAGGUCUUCGAGUGCACAUGUAGAUGCGUGGCAGGAUCAUACUUGA